ACCUUUUAAAGAAAAAAAAUGUUAGGUGACAACCGGAAGUUAAUGAAAACAAAGAAAUAAACAAAUACCAUAACUAAUGCAGGCUAACUCUAAAUCUAUUAACAGGACUUUGUGAAAGAAGUAACGCUACUUGCCUCCACAGUUUCAUCUCCUUUGGAAGCAAGGGGAAUAUAUCAACUCUUUGUAAUAAAUGGUUUUACAUGCAGUAACUGAGCCAACAUACAAGCAAAUCUGCGCUACGUUUGGGAACUUCGUUCUACCAGAAACAGAAAAACGUAAGGCAGCACGUACUUCUACUUACCCCUCCACACAUUCCUGUCUGGCCUGCUGUUUUUCUGCUCCCCUUUUCCCAUGGUUCAACAUGCGUAACCUGAAAAGGCAAGGAAGGGAGAAUCAAAGAAAAAACCAACAAUUAUAAACGUCCAUAAUGUUUAGCUACAUAUACAGAUUUAAUUUAAACAGCGGACUGCCUAAAUCAGUCUUGAACAGCCUGUCUUAUGAUAAACUCAAGAUCAAGUCUGCUUUGUCAUUAAAACAAACCAUUUGGCUUUUUAAAUUACAUUAAGAAAUUAUACACAAAAUCACAGAAUUAAAAACGAAGAGACCAAAAAAAGCAUCUUGUAUUUGAUACUACAAACACUUUAAAAGCCAGUGUUAUUUUCCCUGUAAACUGCAGUGAUGUUUUUAAAAUGGUUCAUAAGUAAUAAAGAGUAAAACUUUCCCAAUUUGAAUCUUCUGAGAUGCACUUUGAGAUGAGUGUAUAAAUGUCAUGAACAUCAUUCCCUACAUAUGACAAAAAGAGUCACAAACUGCCCAUACUGCAUUUGAAAUUGAGGAGUAACAUUUGGGUUAAUGAAUCAAAUCUUCUAAACACAUCAAGCAAUAAGCAGUUUGUAUAAGCAAUUCCUUGAAAUCAGAGAUGUAACAAGGGAUGAAGGAAGACGUUCAACUGCUUUUGACUGUUACUAUCUUUGCCAAAUGGUAAACGUAAGAGACCAAUACUGGGGAAAAUCCACUGCAGCUUUCCAUAUUACUAGCAUUGCCAGAGGAUUUCAGAAAUACUGCAUAAAUAAAAGUAUACACCCUUCAGAGUAUUUUUUUUUUUUUUUUUUUUUUGCCUCUCACAGGAGAGAGGAGUACUUUGGUUAAAGGAUCGAGUAUGACAUUACCACAACGGUAGCUUUCAAUUUUUCAAUAUCAACAUGCUGUUUUUUCCCCAGACAUGAACAGAAAAAGCCCCAGAAAUAAUGCUUAUUUCUGAAAAGUAUCCUGAAAGUUUUGAUCUGACAAAGACUACAACGUGUGCUUCUCUUGUCUGGCAGCAUGCAGAGUAAAUGAAAUUGAGGACACACAUAAGGACAUAAAAUCAAACAGGAAAAAAGGGGAAGUUACCUUCUUCACAGACACAGAACCAAAACAAACAGUGAGUGGACUUGAACUACUUGUGAAUUAAUUUAAAUAUCUACAAAAAACCUGUGUGUUCAACAACAGACCCUUACUGCCCACGUUAAGUCAGAACAUUCUUCCUGAGGCUCCAAGAUUGAAUUUUUGAAAUGAGCUAUUUAAUCAUAUUCCCAAAACAAAUACACAUGAAAGCGUAUGGUAGACAUCACAUUCAUCCAAGAAGAGAAAAAAAAAAAGGUCAGCAAUUCCUCAACAUUAGUCACGAACCUUAAAAUAUGAACAGAAUUAAGUUGUUCUAAAUAUCAUUGAAGUACCUUCACCAUCAGACCAUCUUCUUCGUAUCUGUUACACUUGAGUAAGUAAGGAUCUGAGUUUUCCCUUUAGCAUUUAUUUUUAAGUAAAAUUAACUGUCAAGCUCAGCAGACAAACUUUCUUUGUACUGGUUUAGUAAGCUGGCAUUUAAUUAUGUCAACACUCCUCUCUAAUUUAAGGUAAAGCCACUUAAAGAAUGAAACACUAACACAGAACUGGCUGAACUAUGAAAAGAUCCAUGUAAUAGAUGUGUUACGUUCUCCUAUUUACUCCAAAUAUCUGUCCGUUUUUCAGUUCUUGACUUCAUUUGCAAACAUAAACUUUGCUGCUUUCUGUUCUGAUAGAACAUGAUUUUUCUUUCACGUGCAGCAAGUGGCAAACAGACCGUUACUCCACAUACUAGAAGAAAUCAGAAGUCUGCUCAUAAUGCCACAGGUCAAGCAGAAGAGCAUCGCCACAGAGAGGAAAAACAUACUGCCCUCGCAUCCAAGCUCAUCUUCAGACAGAAUCAGAGUGAAAGCAAAACACAGCAAGGAGGACGUGAUUUUGACUUGCAAAAAGCAUACUAAGAUACUAUGGAUAAGAAUUUUGAAGGAAAGCAGUUUACUGGAGUGAUUAAAUUCACACCACCAUUAUACAAACAACGUUAUGAGUUUGUUCAAGAUUUAGUGAGGAAAUACGAACCGAAAAAGGUGGCAGAUUUAGGAUGUGCUGACUGUACGCUUCUCUGGAUGCUGAAAUUCUGUAGUUGCAUUGAAGUGCUAGCUGGGCUAGAUAUCUGUGAAACCGUGAUGAAAGAGAAAAUGCACAGGUUAACUCCUCUUCCUGCUGAUUAUUUGGAGCCAUCUGAAAGAUCCCUCAUUGUGACUUUGCAUCAAGGCUCAGUUGCUCAUAAAGAUCCCUGCAUGCUGGGUUUUGACUUGGUAACGUGCAUUGAACUAAUAGAGCACCUGCAAGAAUCAGAGCUAGAGAAAUUUCCUGAAGUGGUGUUUGGUUUCAUGGCUCCAAACAUGGUUGUGAUCAGUACUCCAAAUUCAGAAUUCAACACACUGCUUCCAGGAGUGACAGUUUUCAGGCAUCCAGACCACAAAUUUGAAUGGGACCGAGCUCAGUUUCAGAGUUGGGCUCAAGAUACUGCUGAACGCUAUGAGUACUCAGUGGAAUUCACGGGUGUAGGGAGCCCCCCUACAGGAAUGGAAGAUGUUGGGUUCUGUACCCAAAUAGGUGUGUUUGUUAAAAAAUACCCUCAAACGAGAGAACCUGUGCAGCGUGAGAAACCCACUGAAGCAGCUUACAAAACUGUCUUCAAAGCAGUGUAUCCAAGCCUUAAAGAUGAGAAGUACCUGCAGAACGCAGUGGUCAGUGAAGUUAUGUUCAGAGCACAACUCAUUAAGCGAAGUCUGCUGGACCAUUUACUGUCAGAAUGUGAAGAAUAUAACGAUGAUCCUACAGAGAGAAAAUUGAAACUGCAAUGUUCAGUGAACUGUUUUUCAGAAGAUGUUGAAACAUUGGCUGUUGAAAAAAGCACGGAGCCAUUUGUCAGUGGAAAUGUGAUUUAUAUACCUCUCAGAAAAAUAUUUUCUGUUCCCAAAGUAAAUCAGCUCUGUGGCACUUUUGAGAAGUUUUGCAGGCUUAUUACUGGCAAGGUCACACUGAACAGUGAUAGUUCUGCUCUGAUGCUCGAUACUGAAAAUGAAGAGAAUUAGACUGGUUUUCUUAUUUCAAGUUCAAGUAAAGUAAUGAAAGCACUGAUUUUAGUAGGUGUAGAUAGGUGUGUUCUGUGUGCUUAACUGCAACCAUGAAAUCAUUCCUGAAGUGCCCAGAACAUACCUGUCAGCUUUAUGUUUUCCAUGAAUGCGAACCUGGCCCCAGUUUUGAAGAUGGUUUUUUUUGUGCCAUCAGUAGUGGAUCAAGUCUGCAGUUUGUACCUCUUCCACAGUUUCUUUGGUGGCCUAGAAUGAGCAAGUGUUAAUGUAACUAACUUCCUGUCUGUGAAACAUACUUUACACCUUUCUGAAAAUUAAAAAAAAAAAAAAGAA